AUGUUCCAGCUAUCACUCCUCUUCCAGUUCUGCCUGGCUGCGCUCGCCGCCGCAGCACCACUAGCCACCGAGAAUGCACACGUCCUUGGCAUGAAUUCAUCUCAGCAGUACGGCACUGGCGGAGGCGUCCUUGGCUUCAUCGUGCUUAUUCUCGACAUUAUUGUGUGGAUCGGCGGUGUCAUCAUCUACUAUAUCUUCUCGGACCGUGCGAAGUGGAACGCUGGCUCUGGAGGAUACGAGCCAAUCGCUUAG